GGCGAACUGGGCUCAGCCCUGGCAGCAUGGGGGGGACACAGUCCCUGGCACUGCAGCAGGGGAAGGGACCUCACCAGGUGGGCUGCACGGAUGUCAUGGUGGGCCACAGCUGGCAGGGGCUCUUCCUCCGCCUUUUCUACCCCUGCCUGCCCCAGGGAGGGGCUGAGCAGCCCCUCUGGAUCCCACGUUAUGAAUACUGUGCUGGCCUUGCCAACCUCACCCCCCUCAGCUGCUGUGCCCCCCUGAUCAGCCUCACCCUUGGCUCCUGCCGAGUGCCAGUGAGCUGGAAUGGACCUUUCAAGCCCUGCAGCACUGGGUACCCUCUGAUCAUCUUCUCUCAUGGCCUGGGAGCCUUUCGGACUCUGUACUCCUCAAUCUGCUUGGAGCUGGCAUCCUGGGGCUUCGUGGUGGCAGCACUGGAGCACAGGGACCAUUCUGCCUCUGCAACGUAUUUCUGCACAGCAGAGGAUGGGAGAGAGGAGUGGAUCCCCUACCAGCAGGUGCCCCAGGGGCAGAAAGAGUUUUAUUUUCGAAAGAAACAGGUCCAUCAGAGAGCAGAGGAAUGUGUGCAAGUGCUCCAGCUCCUGGAGGACAUCAGCAGUGGUAAAUCUGUCCCCAAUGUCCUUCACCAGGACUUCAGUCUCUCCGUGCUGAAGGGGGGGUUGGGCAGGGGCUCCUCAGCCCUCUCCUUUUUGCAGGGCAGCAUUGAUCUGAGCAGAGUCACUGUCAUGGGCCACUCUUUUGGGGGGGUGACAGCAGUGCUGGCCUUGGUGAAAGAGCCCAGGUUCAGGUGUGCAGUGGCUCUGGAUGCCUGGAUGUUCCCCCUGGAGAACGCUCUGUACCCAGAGGUGACCAAGCCCGUGCUCUUCAUCAACUCUGAGAAGUUCCAGACCCCAGAGAGCAUUGCCAAAAUGAAGAGGCUGAGCUCCAGGAACAGCCAGACAAAGAUUAUAACCAUCCUGGGAUCCGUGCACCACAGCCACACUGACUUCACCUUUCUCACUGGGAAGCUCUUCAGCCUCAUCUUUAGUGCCAGGGGAACCCUUGAUCCCUACAAGGGUCUGGAGAUCACCAGCCAGGCAGCUCUGGCCUUCCUGCAGAAGCAUCUCAACCUGCAGGAGGAAUUUGCUCAAUGGGACAACCUCCUGGAAGGCAUCGGGGACUGUGUUGUCCCAGAAGCACCAUUCUGCCACCCCAACCUGUAGCCUGGCCUGAGGUCACUGCCAGGAGCUGCUGCUUCUCCAAAAUGAGCCAUGCAGGAGCCAACGAGGGCAGGAGGAGAGCAGGACUGUAGGACUGUCCCCACUGUGGGACAUCUGAUGGCCAAGGUGCUCAGUGACUGGGCCAGAAGAGCCCUUCCCUGCCUGUUGUGGGGGCUGUGGAGCUAAGGGAAUAAAAUCCCUGGGGACAAAGACUGAGUUGGCUGUCACUUGGGCCUGAGGUGACACCCUUCUUGCAUCCAGGGGGUAGGUGGACAUUGGUCCUGGCUGGAUCUGCUGCAGCUGGGGCACAUCUGGCAGAGGGAGUGUUCACCAUGGGCUGGGGGUGGCCAAAAGGAUCAGCACAAAGAGAUGCAGAAUCUGAGC